UUUUCUAGCAAUCCUAGGUGCAAUCGGUAUCAUCUUGAGUAUCGGUGUCGACCCUUUCAUCCAGAAUCUCGUAAGCUACUAUACGAGACCCGUUCCAGAUGCGUCACAAAUGGCUUUCGUAUCGAACAACACUUUCUACCAAGGUUCUACCAUUGUAUAUUUGGGAUUGGAUUGGGCCUCUCCUGCUAUGAUGCAAAAUGCAUACGCAGCGCUAUACAGCUCCGACUCGAACCAAUACUGGUCCCAGCCACGCUACGAAUGCAGCUCAGGCGACUGUACAUGGCCCGCGGUAGCAAGCAUAGGGAUGUGCGCUUCAUGCGAAGACGUAUCAGCCCUCGUGUCCAAGUCAUGCAACACCACAGAAGGCAUUUGCACGCUCUCUCUCCCAGAGUCUGAGGACGGGAAGCGACCAGGGCUAAGUCUUGGAUACAAAUACCGGAAACCCGGCGACCAGCAACUCGGCACUUACAUAGCCAUGACGAGCAGCGGCAUUGCCCAAGUCGACACGGCCCCAAACAGCAUCGCCUCCAUCUAUCUCAACAUCGACCCAAACCCACCAUCCAGCGUAUCGUGGUGGACAGAAGACCCAAGCUACACAGCCUCCCUAUGCACCCUGACCCCCUGCAUCCAAAGCAUCCAAUCUCAAUACCGCCAAUCCACCCAAUCCACAACAGGCGCCUCGCCCUACACAGAGCAAGUACUGAAAACCUGGCGCUGCGAAGACCUCGACACCACACAAUGCGCCGACCCCUCCUUCGUAACCAACCUCACCGCACCCAUAGCACCGCAAUACGGCCUCGACGGCCAGACCUUUGGCAUAAACUCCACCACAACCCAAGGCCUCGUCAAGACGCUCGCCCGCGACUUCGAAGGCUAUAUCGAGCAACUCAGUUCCCAAUCCAUCUCAUACAAAUCAGCGUCGUUUUCGAGCGGCGCCGCCCGCGAUACCCUCGCCCAGAUCUGGACGGCGAAUCUAACCGGCUGCGCAUACCCUGAUAAUCGCGUCUCGUGCGCUGUGGAUCUCGUGGCGAAGGCGCUGUCGAAGACGAUGCGUGACGAGCCGUUUUAUCUCACUGGGGAUAGGGGAGUGCGGGGGGUAGCGAUGAAAGAGGUUAUUCAUGUGCAUGUGACGUGGUACUGGGCCGUGCUGCCCGUGUUGGUAUGGGUACUUGCGCUGUGUGUGUUUUUGGGCAUAGUGGUGGGGGAGAGGGGCGAGCGGUGUGGGUGGCGGAAUAGUGUCUUGCCUGUUAUUUUUAUGAGGGUUGAGGGCGAGGAUAAGGAUGGGAGUGGGGGGGUUAGGAGUGGGGAGCUUGAGCGGAGGGCGAGGGGGAUUGAGGGGAGGGUGGAUGUGAGGGGUGGUGAGGUGGCGUUUGUGAGGGGGUAGAGAUGGGGUUGGGAGAUGUGGGAAAUGGGCAGAAUAGGUGGCGGAAUGGAUGGUAUAAUGGUAUACUAUCUAGUUAUAGCUAUCAAGCGGAGUUUAAGGUCUCGUAUCUUCCCUGGUAAGAGCACAUGUUAUCGGUCUUUGUCUACUGCGUCUUCUUCAAGGGGAGGGAGGGUGGACACAAGAGGUUAAGGAAGAGAAGAGGGACACGAGUGUUCAAAGAGAAAAAGCGGUUCUGAUACCCAAUUGCAGCAGCUUGGUGUGGUGUGGCCUGCCCAUUCUUUUCCGAGAAAAGUAUAAUAUGAUACGCUAUAACUACGUCAAGCAGACACAAAUAAUUAAAGUCGCAAAGAGAAAGUGGGCACGAGAGCUUAAAGACAGGAGAGAAAA